CGCAUUGUUCCUCACGUCAAAAUAAAAGUGGCCGAAAAAUCGACUAAUAAUUCCAGGCUCAGCGACUUGAGUCUUCCAAUUUCCUAAAGUAGUCGUAAGAUAGUACCAGUAAGAACAAUGAGCAAGAAGAAGAAUAUGGCAAUCGAUUUUCAAGACAAUAUGAUACUGCUUACGCGAAAGUAUUUGAAGCGUAGAAUAAUGUGCCCUGAAACGAAGUUCAGACAUCAUGUUAAUGAACGACUACAUGUGAUGAAUUUAGUGAAACGUACUGUUGAAAUAGGUGAAAGCAAUUCUGUCUUGUUAGUUGGACCUAGAGGCAGUGGAAAGACAACGCUUGUUAAUAGUGUCUUGAAGGAAUUGUCUGCUUUAAAAAGUUUUAAAGACAACGCGAUAAUAGUGAAUCUCCAUGGAUUGGUACACACUGACGACCGUUUAGCGCUCAAAGAUCUAACUCGUCAGAUGCAAUUAGAAAAUGUCGUUGAGGGUAAGGUUUUUGGUACAUUUGCAGAAAAUCUAAGCUUUCUCUUAGAUUAUCUGAAAUCUGGUGAUAAACAUCGCUCCAAACCAGUCAUCUUCAUACUUGAUGAGUUUGAUCUGUUUUGUGAACAUCAUAAUCAGACAUUGUUGUAUAAUCUGUUUGACGUUGCACAAUCUGCACAGAUACCAAUAUGUGUAGUGGGGAUAAGUUGUAGAUUAGACGUCAUGGAGCUGCUGGAGAAGAGAGUCAAGUCGAGAUUCUCGCAUCGCCAAAUAUUUUUAUUUCCCGGUGAUACAUCAUCUUCGGAACAGCCUAUGUCCGCGUUUGACGAUCGUCUGGAACUCUUUCGAGACCUUCUCAGCUUACCUGACGAUGAAAAUGUAAAUAAAAUGGAGCAACAGUACGAUGAUUGUACGAUAGAUCCGCAAUUUGGUUCUAUGUGGAACGAUUAUAUUAAGAGUUUAACUACCAAUGUUACGAUGGUGAAUUUACUUAAGAGAAUGUAUCAUAUUGAUGUGAGCGAGAGGAGCUUUAGAAAUUUUCUCGCGGUAGCCGUCUCGACGUUGUCCGAAAAACAUCAGAAACUGGAAGUGAAUGAUUUUGUCGAAGCAAGUAAAAUCUUUUCACAGGAUGAUAAAUUGUUGAUACUCGAAGGACUGUCCAUUUUAGAAAUGUGUUUGAUAAUAGCGAUGAAACAGGAGACGGAAAUUUACGACGGCGAGCCAUUGAAUUUCGAGGCGAUAUACAAUCGCUAUAUGAAAUUUGCGAAUCAGAAUUCCUCUGUACAAUCUGUCCAGAAACCAGUUAUCAUGAAAGCUUUUGAGCAUAUCAAGAACUUAGAGAUCUUGCUGCCAGUUGGAAAUACGAAUACAAAGUUCGAAAAAGAAUAUCAAUAUUACAAAUUUACGUUAACAUCGCAGCAAGUUAUUGAAGCUGUGAAAAAUUAUUCUGGUCUUCCUACAGAAGUUUCUCAGUGGGCAUCAAGCAGUAUAUAAUAACGAUAUAGUUUCAAGUAUUCAACCUAUUGUGUUCCAUAAAACUACACAUGACACGUAAUUAAUAAGUUUUUUAGCGACGUAUUUAUAGAAUAAAUUUAGAUAUAGGUAUUUAUAUCACUCCAAUAUUAGGAAUAUACUUGUAGGAAUCGAUAAUAAUCUUUUAGACACAUUUUUAUAUGUUAAAUAUUAUUAUUAAGCUCAUUUCUCUCUAUACUCCUGAUUAAUAAUCGUCAUAAAAACGAAGACAAUUAUGAAGAUACGCGACGUUUACGUUUCGCGUUUAUAUAUUAUGCCCUCCAAAAAACGUGUGAUACUCUAGUCUUACAUCUUUUGAAUAUUGCCAUUCAUACGUAUAUAUAUCCAGUUAAAUUUUCUAAAUUUAGUUUAGAAAAUUUUUCGAAAUAUCAAUAGAGUAGAAAAU